CCUUGCAGCUUCGGCAACCGGAGAUGGACCUCGAGAGCCGUCCAUUAGGCGACGGCGAAAGAGCGAGGACACACCGAAGUACACCGACGCUUCUACGGUGGCAGCGCGUGGUGGAGCUCGCUUCCACCACGCCUCCGAGCGCUGAGGAGGGCACACCACGCGCCGUGCAAAGGCGGUGGCUGGCCGAGUCCUUUGACAAUGCACAGCAACGCCGGACUAGUGGAGAGGACUACGACGGGCCGGCAUUGGCACGGCAGGUUGACAUCGCUGGCGGACGCACUGCUCGCUCGUUCCCACGAGCUGCAUUUUGUGGCGCUUGCCUCGCACUAACUGCGCUCUGGGUGGCCAUGCCAAACGACUGUCCCGGUCCUUCCCCGCCACCGGCCGUCCCACUGGCCUUAGCAGACCUGGGCAAGGUGAACAAGACCGGGCAGCUGACCAAGGGCCAAACUGCCCGGACGACCAGGCUCGUCGAGAUUACGUUCGACUUGGUCCCAGCAAGGCCGGGUCGCCGCGUGCUGCUCCAGGUCCCAGCAAGGCCAGUCGACUCCAACGUCACGUCGGAGGAGUUGACCACCGUCCUUCAGGCCGCCCUGCCGCCCGAGGUCGACCCGGCGGCGGUGCGGCUGCUUCGGAGAGGGAGCGGCUUUGCGGUUUCCAUCUCCUCGCGACAGGUCGAGAUGGGCGACGUGCUCGCGGUCCUCCAAUCCCAGCUUUUUGCGGACGAAAUCCACUCACGAGACAUGCGGGUCGAGAACAUCCAGGUUGGCAGCGUCGCCUCCCUCCGCCUCGAGCCGCCCUCGGCACCCACGCCACCGCCGCCGCCCGAGUGGCUCGACGACCUCUGGAAAUGGCUCGAUUCGUUGCCGCCGCCGCCGCCAGGGCACCUGCCGCCGCCGCCGCCGCCGCCGCCGCCGCCGCCGCCGUCGUUAGCACACUCCCUCGUCCACGAGGAACUGGUGCUGCCAGUGUCGCUGUUGAGCGUCGCUCUCUUGGCCGCUGCAGCCUACGUGCGGCGGCGCAAACGCCGCGCCACGCCCGACCAUCCACAUUGCCGGCGCAGCGCGGGCUCGCUCAAGGGCGGCGAGCUGAGCGAUGGCACCGACUGCGACUCGUCCGACUGCGAAUCUCGCGCGUCGCCACUAAAGUUGGACCUAACGGCGCGCCAUGGGAGAGAGCUGGACGUCGUGACCAAGAGUUUGGGGGUUGGGCCGGGAGUCACCGACAACGCCGUGGACAACCGGUCGAGCCCGGCGCCGCGUUGGGCGCGAAUGAUGAAGGCUUUGGCUCACACCAUAUUGUGCCUGCCGCGGGAGGAACAGCUGGCAACACUGACAUACGGCCCGUCGCUGGGGCUCCUCUAACCGCGAGGUAUGAUGUGCACCCUCGUGCCUUUCGUUGAUCGUCCGGCGGCACAAAAUCGUGGACACCCCCAAUCCCCCAUGCUAGGCGCGUUUUUCAGAGGUUUGGGGGGAUCGCGGGAUGACACAUGCAGCGAGCCCGGGAGGUCCCCUAGAUUUAAUCUACUAGAUAUCCAUCCCCUGUUGUGAGAUUUUUUAUUUCAUAUUUAUUGGAUACGU